AUGCGGUGGGACAACUGGGACAUUGGAAAAGGCAUCGAGAAGGUGCUGGAUGAGAAGAUUGCGACCAUCGGGCGGGAGGUAGCAGGGAACUCGGCUACUCUCAAGGCUCUCACCCAGCGCGUCAAAGGGAUUGCUAACAUCCCAAGGUACGCCGCCGCCACUGCCAGCUCCUCUGCCAAGGGCAAGGAGAAGGCAGUCACCAUCCAAGAGCCUGCGCCGCCUUCUAAAGGCACCAAGCGGCCCCUCCCCUCUAAUGCCACCUCUCGCGCUCAGUCACCGAAGCAACGAGCAGUGGAAUCAAGCCAGUUCGGCGAGCUCCCCUUGGACACGCCCGAGAACUGGGCAGUCCUACACGACGUCGCGGACAUUGGAUCCAUCGUCCCCAACAUCGACCCCAUCACAGCGUUCCGGCUUGCCCGAGGACAACGCGACAGACGAGGCCUCACCCUGCCGGUCCAGAAGGUGGGCCUCCCCAACACCACGACGACGAAGGGAGGACAGGCUGGUACGCCCAGUCCCUCUGCCGUGCCCGCCCCAGCCGCAGCCCCCAUGGCGCGUGGCCACAACCCGACGGUUCCCCCUGUGACCGCCCCCUCGACUGCCUCCGCCUCGGCUCCUUUCAAGGCCCUAGUGCGGCAUGUCCCUCUUCCAGGCCGAGCACUCUCUACCAAGACGGUGAGGGUGCUUUUUGGCAGGAUCCUGGAUGCGGACAACGAGAGGCCGCUCUUCGCCAAUGUACAGCAAGCCAUCACCGCAAUGUUUGCGGGGAUCGGCUCUGCCAAUUAUGUUGCCUCUGGAACAUGGAGCCGCUCGGAAAACGAGCUCUACUUGACCUUUGGCGAACACCCUACUGACCCGGAGAUGGGGUUGCUCGUCCGCGACCUCGCCAAUGUCCUUCUCCCCCCCCAACUCCGUGCCGACGGCAUGGAGCCAGUCUCAGUACGAGUGGAACUUGCCCACACCCUUACCCAGCUAGCCAUCCGCGCGGUCCCCAAAUACCGUGUUGCGAAGACCAAGCUGGAAUACUCGCUGUCGGAGUUGGAGAAGGAACUCAGAGACCGCAACCCCAAGCUGGCUGAACACCUCAAGCCGUUCGAGCAGGCACCUAGGGCGCGCAUGGUUGGGGCGGCCGGGGGCAGUGGUACCCUGGUCGUCACCAUCGCGGACACCAAGUCGGGCCGCACAUCCACCAAAAUGUGCGCCCUCAAGAUCAAACUCUUCGACAAGUGGCACUCAGUUGCCCCUUGGUAUGAGGCCGAUUGCGUCCCCCUCUGCCCUAGAUGCUGGAGGUGGGGCCACCCUGCGCCGAUCUGCAAGGCGACCCACGAACAUUGCGAGAGGUGUGGCGAGCCACACAUCUCGGAGCUCCAUGACCGGAUGGCGUCCUGCUGCGCCCAACGAAGGGUUGUCCUCAAGGCUGAGGAACUUCCCUGCCCCGAGUCCCAUGAUCGCUGCCCCAACUGCGGCACCCAAGGACACCGUGCAAGCUACCCCAAGUGUUCUUGGGCGAAGCAUGCCAGGAACAAGAAGUGGCACUCGGAGAACCCCCCGAAAGUGCCUGCAGCAAAGGCAGCAGCGGUGGCCGCGACAGUCGCCAAGCGAGCAAGGGCCAAGGGCAGAGCGGAACUGGCGAAAGGCUCCCGCUUUGAGGGCUUGGAAGUGGAGGGUGAGGCGAGCGGCAUUGAGACGCUCCCCCCAGAUGCGCCGGAGCACUCCAUAGAGGAGAUGUAUGCCGAUGAAGAGACGGAUGGGAAUGCUGAGGCCGGCCCCUCGGGGGCAGCGGCUCAGUAG